AUGUCAGAACAAGAAACUUCAGACACAGAAAAAACUAGCCACACCCCACCAAAUUUCCCGAUGGAAUUUGCUGCACAAUUUGCAGAAUUCCUCAAACAAAGCCUCAGAAUUCCAGAUUCAUCGGCCCAUAAACCACCAAACCACGACCAACUUGAAUCUUUUGGAGAGAUUUCCAUCAAGGCGAAACUCAAUGGGGAGAAUUACCCAUUAUGGGUUAACCUCAUGAAACGGGCAAUUGCGGGAAAAGGUUUGACAUCUCACAUUAAUGGAGUUUCAAAACCACCCGCAAUUGGCGAUCCCAGCUACACGAGAUGGGAGCAACGGGAUAACUGCGUUUUCAAUUGGGUGAUCAACAAUAUCGAAACCGGACUUGUGAAUGAGGUAUCACAGUACGCAAUCGCCUCUGAUCUAUGGGAAGGAUUGGCGAUCACUUAUGGAAGUGGAUCUGAUCCAUUCCAAAUCUAUGAUCUGCACCGACAAGCCAUGACAAUCAAACAAGAAUCUAUGACACUAGAAGGGUUGUGGAUCAAAAUGCAGGACUUAUGGAUCUCGAUUGAUACCAGAGAUCCGAGUCCGACAGACAUAGAGGGAUAUCAGAAGAGGGAGGAGCGCCAUCGCCUCUAUCAAUUUCUAAGUGCAUUGGAUGACAAAUAUGCUAAUAUCAAGAGGGAGAUUAUGGACAAGGAUCCAUUACCAACUGUUCGAAGAGCCUACGGACUGGAAAGGGGAAAUCGACAAGAGCAAACUCGUUUGCACACACUGUGGAGGUAA